AUGAAGGUGAGCGAGGACGCCAUCAAGCCCGUCGGUCUUACGCUCUUGUAUGAGCCAGACUGGCCCAUCGACCCAGCAGUUGACAUUGUUCUUGUUCAUGGUGUCGGGGGGCAUCCUGUCCGAUCAUGGAAGCUCGAGCCUCAGCAGCAGCAGACACCAUCGGCUGCUCCGAAGGCGGCAGCGCCCUACCCAGGCAUCCAGAGAAGGCUAACAAAACUACCGCAAUCAUCACCGUUGCUCCGUUCAAACUCAGAACCCCUACUCUCCAAACCACGGCGGCCUCCGAGCAGAUCCAAGACACUGCUCUGGAAGAACUCGACCAAGUCAUCAUCCAGACUCAACCUCAAUGGCUUUGCUGAGCCCAUCAAGCCGGUUUUUGGCGGGGGUCCAAAAGGACUCGUGCGCAAGGCGGCAACAAUGUCACCGUCGAAACUAGCGAUUGGUGGUCUAGCUGACCCUGUCGAUCUGUAUGCUGAACCCAAUGUCGAGUCAUACUGGCCGCUCAGUUUCUUGCCUGCGUCGUGUCCCAACGCGCGAGUAUUCACCUGGGGCUAUCACACACUUGCCGCUGACAAGAAGCCACUCCGCGGUGAGGGCGACAUCUUUGCGCAUGCAGAGGAGCUGCUACUUCUCCGACUGUCCGAAGCCGAGCGCGAUGGGCCCCUCAAAGGGAUCCUACUAUCGACGUCGGCCGUCAUAUUCCUCGGCGGUCCACAUCGCGGCACCGAACAUUGCAAUUUGGGAGAUGCCAUCCUAAGCAUGGCCAGCAUCACUCUACCCAUCGACCCCAGUGACCCUGUGCUUCACGAGCUUUGCGGAACCAACAGCGCCCAGGUGGAGCUGAGCCGCCAAACGUUUAUACGGUUGUGGAAUGAUUACAAUUUUAAGGUGAAAACCUUUCAGGAGUCCACCAUUCCGAGCUACCAGCACCCGGAGCUCAGGGCGGAAACGACAAUCCGGCGACUUGCGAGCUUCAUUGGAGACCCCAGGGAACAUGCAGAGACCAUCUACGCCUUGCAUGACAAUAUCUGCAAGUUCGGGUCCGCAGAGGACAGGGGAUACCGUGCUUUAGCCAAAACCCUGGCCGCGUUCAUCACGGCAGAGGAGGAUGGUCGUCAUGUGCCGAAUGUCAAGGAAACUGAAUGCCUUUCGGCUCUUGCACAACUGCCAUCGGCACCCCCUGAAACCCUCGCACCAUCACCCUACCCGGGCAGCUGCCUCUGGCUGGACGACCUGCACGACUUCCAGACCUGGCACCAUCGAAACGGGCCAAACAAGCACAAAAUUCUUUGGAUCCGGGGAGAACCCGGAUGUGGCAAAACAGUCCUCCUUAGGUCCCUGCGGAGAAGACUAGAACGGCAGUGGGGGCCAGCCGGCGCCUCGUUCAUAUGGGCCACGGCUGAGGCUGACAAGGAAACAAAAGACUCACCCGGUCGGCAAAGCACAAGCCUAGCCGGUAUCUACCGUAGCAUCCUCUCUCAACUUUUCCUUCACGAUCCGCGUCUCCGAAGGGCACUCUUAGCGCUGUACAACCAACCACGAAGCGACCCACGCCGGCUCGACGACGCACAGAUUGUCUCCUUCUUUGCUGACUAUUACGUCAACCAAAAGAUUGAGACGGCGACUAGGAGAGCCUUCAUUUUCGUCGAAAUCGCGGACGAUGCAUGUCCCAGCUACGUGCACGAGCUGAUCGGUCGCUUGUCGCAUCUUGCGCACAACUCAGACUUCAGCAUCUGCGUUGCGAGCGGCUACCAUCCGGAAAUCAUCGAGGAGGAGAACGUGAUCAGCAUCCCCAUGCACCUGCGCAACACCGACGACGUCCUGCGGUAUGUCAACUUGAACUUAGUGGCUGAGUGGGAAGAGAGGAACCGGACCGUCAUCCGGAUCGGACAGAAGGCGGCGGGCGUGUUCCUGUGGGCGGAGAUCGUGGUCAACAUCUUGAAUGCAGCCAUCAUGGAGGGCGCCACGCAGGAGAUGAUCGAGUACACUCUGGAGGAAGUACCCGGUGACCUCCACGGCCUCUACGAGUGGAUGCUCUCGACCUUGAACGAGAGAGAGCGAGCCGAGUCGCUGCUUCUCUUCCAGUGGGUGAUCUGCGCCGCCGAGCCGAUGCGCCUCAACGACCUGUUCCUCGCCAUCAGGCUCACCGAACCCAACCCCUUCGCCCUUUUUGAGCGAUUAGGCCCGCUCAUGGCGUUCGAUAUCGGGAUGCCCUUCUCGAUGCGCGAACUCCGCCAACUGCGCAAUUCCGAGAUCUCCUCCGACACGCCCUACCAAUUCCACCGCUGGCUACGAGCUCGCUCCAUCGGCCUCCUGGAACUCAAAUCCGACACCCACAACAACCGCCAAUCUACCGCGAAGGAAACUCUCGGCCUACAGCGCGUCCACACCAUCCACGCCUCCGUCCGAAGCUUCUUCCUCUCCGGCCGGGGAUUCACCUGCCUCGCCGCCAACAACCCCUCCAUCCCCGCCACCCUCCCCAUCGCCGACUUCCUCGACAUCACCCACUACACCCUCCUCCGCGCCUGCCUGACCUACCUCAACAUGCGAGAUUUCGAAUCCCUCGGCCACGGCGCACGCCGCCGCCGCAAACCCCCCCUCACCACCUCCCUCACCUCCCUCACCUCCCCAACCACCACCACCACCACCCCCUCCCCCACAACCACAACCACCACCCUCCUCAAACUCGAAACCGCCCUCCACUGGCACCCCCCGCCCACCGUCUCCUCCCAACGCCACCUCAUCAUGUCCGCCCACCCCUUCCUGCACUACGCCGUCACCUACCUCAUCCACCACCUCCUCUCCCCGCUGCCCUUCCGCUACUUCCUCCCGCAGCACCCUUUACUCACCACCCUCGCGGCCAACCGCUUCCGCCUGUGGAAGCGCUGGACUUCGUUGUUGGGGACGUAUGACCCGGAUGUGAUUGUUGCGCAGCAUGCUGCUGUGGGCGGCGGGGUUGGUGUUGGCGUGGGUGGUGGGGGUGUGGCGGGGUUGUUGAGUCCGGUGUAUGGGGCACGGUUUCGGUUGGAGAGGGUGUUGAGGAAGUUGGCGCGGUUGGCGGCCAGUGAGUCGUGGAGGGUUAUUGAGUCCUGUGAGGAGGGCGGGGAUGAGGGUGACGGAUAUGGAUGUGGUUAUAGAUAUGGAUGGGAGGACGAGGGAUGGGGGUGGGUUGGCUGUGUAAGAUGUGACAUCCACCCCACCACGCCGUCGGCCAAGCGGUCUCUGGCGGCAGAAUUGGCUGGAUGUGACAACUUUUUGGACUCGACAUGUGCUGCUGCUACAACCCGUCGCGUUCCUCGCUGCCGUGUCCCGCCAAUCCUUUACACGCCUCUCGUCCCCAUGUACGCACUCCGCGGCCAUGUGGGCAGAAUACUCCUCCCACGCGCAACGCGCUGCGUGGCCGCGCAACAGGCCAACCUUGCCACAGCUACCAAGCCCAAGUGGACUGUAAUUCUAAAGGGACAGAACGAGGUUGCCGAAAAACUUUCCAAGGAGGGCUCCUGGUCCGCGAUGCGCGGGGGUAAACGCAAGGGGACGAACAAGGAUAGACACCGCGUCAACGUCGUCAACGAGGAACUAUGCGACGAUGUUAUCAACUACCUCAAACCAACCCUGGCCCGCCACAAGGGCUGCGAUCUCGUCGACAUCUUCCCGGGCGUCGGCAUCUGGAGCCAAAAGCUGCACGACGAGCUCCAGCCACGCUCGCAUCUCCUGAUGGAGCCAGACGAAGAGUUCUACAAGCCGUUCCUCGGCCCGCUGCUCGAGCGGCCCGGCACCAAACUCCUCCCCGAGUCCGGCAUCGUGUGGGAGCAGCUAAACAGGAUCCUGAGCCCGGCGGUGCUGCCGCACCAGGUCGAACGCAAGUACACUUCCGACGAGACACCAGAGCGCAACGACACCCUCCUUGUCACUGUGAAUCUGUGCAUGUACCCGAAGCGCAAGUUCCGGUCCUUCGAGAGCCUCGCCCAACUCGUGCUCUACCAGCUGCUCGCCGCCAUCCGCCAGGGGUCGGUCUUCCAGAAGUACGGCCUCGUGCGCAUGUUCAUAUGGACCGAAGAUUCGGAAAAGGGGUCGGUGCUGCCGCGCACGGUCCAGCGGCGGAAGAAGAUGGCUAUUGAGUCCGAGAUAUCGACCGACUGGUUGUGCGAGAUCGUUGGCGCUGAGGCUGAAGACGCCGCCGAGGUCCGAUCCGCCGCCUGGUUCCGCCGCGACGAAGCCCUCAACCACGAGAGCACGAGGCGAACGCUCGAACGGAUGCGCCAAACUGGAUUCGUGAUCCCGCCGGGGCGGGAACCGCAGCAUGUGCUAGACUAUCUAGCGGCCACGGAACUGGACGGGACGGACCCGCUCGACCCCAAGCGCAAUAUGGGGCGGCCAUUCCUAGCCGAGCUGAAAACGUUGGAUGAGGCCUUCCAGGCCGGGGAGUUCGAGAAGAAGUCUGCGGAAUACAAGCGUUACAAAACGCUUCAGUAUUUGCUGACCCAUACCACCAGGCGCUCCGGCAUCGUCGUCGAGAUGAUGAAAGAGUACGAUGCGGCCGUCCAGGCUUAUAUUGAUGCCGGCUCGGACGAGCAGCUACUAACGCAGGCCGCCGCACUCGGCUCACAGUGGUCGCAGAAGGUCUACGCGCUCGAGAAAGCUUUCCACAGCGACCUCAUCCUCCAGCGCGACAACAUACACAUCCUCCGACAGGAUCCCCCCAUCUUGAACUGGGACCGCCGCUACGUCGAGCCCCUGCGCGCGGCCCCGAGCGACUUCUUCCCCCAAGUUCCCUGCGGGCUGCUAGACAUCCAGCCCAAGGCGGCACCCUCCAUUCUGCGCGACAUGGGCCAGAAAUCGACCCGCGGCGGCGACACGUUCGACCUGAUCUUACGCGGCCUAGUGCAGCGGCCCAUCGACCCCAUCACGAGGUCGCUCAACAACAUCUCGCCCGGCGCCGGCGACGACCUCGUGCCUCGCUGCCCCAUCCUCUUCGACCCGCGCCGCGGCGGCGUCCCCCCGGGCCUCGUCGAGCUGUCGCCACGGAUUAUGACCCAGGAACAGCUCGUCGAGGUCACCGAGGCGUGGAUGAAGUGGCCGUUCCGGCCGGGCUAUUCGGAACUGGUGUCGCGCACCCUGGAGGAUGUCGAUAUCGAUGUGGAAGAGGAGAGGCAGUUCGCUCAUCUCGAGUGA